GAGCGAGCGGCAGUGCAUGCUUCAUGAAUGAGUCCCCCUCCACCGCGCCGCAGGUCGGACCCUUCAUCCGCCUGCACCCUGAUGCCCGUGUGGGUGCGCAGACUGGCGGGGAGCAGUCCAGCUGAUGAGCCUGGACAGUAAAUACUUCCCAUCGGUACUACAUGACCGUUUCAUCCCAACAGGAACAACACGACAGGAUAAGCAACGAUGCUUGAUGGACUCAGGCGGAGGCAUGCCUCCCGGCCCUCCCCCCGACCCCUGUCCCUCAACUUCAGCACCUUCUCCGCCCCUCCCCCGAGCCCGGACAUGGACAGCAGUAGUGAGCAUCCAAUCAGGAGGACUCUGCACCGGCUGAAGUUGAUGAGCUCCCCCAGCCUCAGCGAGCUGGGGAAGAGUGAGAAAAGUUCACCAGAGGACAGAGGGGAGAAGCAGAAGAGGGCAGGAGCCAACGCCACCUGGAACAGCAUCCACAACGCUGUCAUAGCAGUCUUCCAGAAGAAAGGUUUGGCAGAUAAUGAACUCUACGUCCUCAAUGAAGGUGUCCGACAUCUGUUGAAGACUGAGUUGGGGUCCUUCUUCACAGAAUACCUUCAGAACCAGUUGUUGACAAAAGGCAUGGUCAUCCUCCGAGACAAAAUAAGGUUCUACGAAGGUCAGAAGUUACUCGACUCUCUGGCAGAGACGUGGGACUUCUUCUUCUGUGAUGUCCUCUCCAUGCUGCAGGCCAUCUUUCAUCCUGUUCAGGGUAAGGAGCCCUCUGUCCGACAGCUGGCUCUGCUUCACUUCAGGAACACCAUAGUCUUGAGUGUAAAGUUAGAGGAUGCCCUUUCUCGACCUCGGGCUCGUGUGCCCCCCUCUGUUACACAGAUGCUGCUUAUUCUACAGGGGGUCCAUGAGCCACGUGGUGUGAAUGAGGACUACCUGAGGCUGGAAUCUCUGGUUCAGAAGGUGGUCUCACCGUACCUGGGCACCCACGGGCUUUACUCUGGAGACAGUGCUGACGCCAAUUGCUGUGUUCUGGAGAAGCGUUUACCGUGGGGCUGGUCCAAGUCUGCAGAUCAACCGUCUAAAAACCCCGUGGUACGAUCAAAGAGCUACAACAUCCCUCUGCUGCUGACCCCGGUGGCUGAGUAUGACCCAGAUGCCAGCUCUGUUGGCAGUGGAGGAAUUCGACGCCACUCCGCCUGUGAGAUAAUAUCAUGCUUGGAGGAACAGGGACUGGCCUUCGCUGACCUGGCCCCAGGAUCUGAACUGUCUGGCUCCUCCUCCAACAGGCUGUGUGUGGGUUCUCAGUUCAAUGGUAUUGUACAAGCAGGAGCCAGUGCCAUGGACUUGCCUCUUACGUCUGCAUCCAUCCAUCCCCUUCAUUCCUCAGGAGCUCUGCACGGCACUGAGGCCACAACAACAAUGACUGAUCUCAGUAAGGGUGCAUCCUCCACGCCGCCCAGUGAAUCAUCCAGCCCUGAAACCAUAAUUGGACAAGUGCUAGAGUCUGCAGACUCAGACUCAGAUGGGAUAUUUAUUGAUUUCCCUUCUCACUCGUCAGAGGCUAUGGGGUACAGCCGCGAAAGCAGGCAGAGCACUGUGUAGCUGUGGUUGCCUUUAGGAACACACACCACCAAACGUGUACGUCAGUGAUCUUGGACAAAGAUUAAAGAAAUCGUAAAACUACAUUUCAUUAAAUGGGUACCAUCUUCCUCUCUUACUGUAGUACGAUGAGUUUCCAUGACGACUCCAUUCCAAGUGCUUUCACUGGUGAGUGAAAACCUUGUAACUGUAAAAUGUCAACGUUCUAAAAAGUACGAAAAACACUCGUCCCUACAAACACAGAAAAUGAUUUAAAAAGACAUUAAUGAGCAAUACCAUUACACUGGCUCACAUUUUCUUUCAUUACCACAAACAUGGGUACUGUAGUUUACUUUGAGUCAAUACAACAUAUACCCUCCUGCUGCUGUGUAUUAAUCCAUAUCUGAAAAUAGUUACCAACGAAUGCAUUAUUUACUCUUGUUUGAGCUAUGUUUGGUAAAAACUGUGGUGUCCAGUGCUUUUAGUAACUUAGCCUUUAAAAAAAACAGAUCUAUAUAUUUGUGAUCUGUUCUUAAAGAUUUGAUGGGCUUGAGGUUGAGAGCCACAGAUAGACUGGGUAAGUAAUGAGAGACUAAUCCAUUGUUGGUUUUGGUCUUUUCAUGGGAUUUGGUGACAAUGGCAAAAAUAUAGCAUGUCAUUAGCCUUAUCCUGUUACCCAUAGAAAGGCACACAAUCCUUUAACUGAAGUUAAAAUCACAAAAAACACCAAAAUUGGAGUUACAAGGUUUUCACACAACAGAUGGCUGUUACAGCUGCCAUUUAAAUGGAAAAAUGUCUGAAACUUAACGUAAUUAUCAUCGGUUUGUUUUAUAUUUGAGCAUUUUUAACUUCACAAAAGUUUUACAUUCUCUGUUUAUGCUCUGUUGUUUGCUGGUUGGCAGUAACACAGUAAUGAGGUCUUCUGCUCUCACUUUUGUAUGUCAUCUUAUGAAAAUGUGGACUGUUGAAUUGUUUUUAAUGACAGCGGCGAUCAUAGAGGUCUAAUGCAAAUUUCUCUUAGAGCAAACAUCAGUGUGACAGCAUUUGCUUUUCUGUAUUCGCUUUGUACAGCAGGAGGUUGAGAAAUACGCCGAUGUUUAUUGUUUACAUUUGACAAAGACAUGAAUAUUUUGACUGAAUGUUGUCUCACACACUGUAUUUUGCACCACCACUACCUUGUAAAUAAAAGUGAAUUGUUGGUUUUUA